UACCAUAGGCUAGUUGAUUGCGAAUCGGAUGUCAGUUGGAUCUGGAUUUGGUCAACAAAAAUUACUUUAUCGAAGUUACGAAUACGAUGUCGUCAAUUGAUAUCGAAAAGGUGAAAAUCCUAGUCGUAGGGGAUUCUGGUGUUGGCAAGUCAUCUCUAGUACAUUUGAUAUGUCAUGGGCAACCUAUUUUGAAUACCUCUUAUACAAUAGGAGCAUCACUUGAUGUAAAGAUUCAUGAAUACAAAGAAGGUACGCCCUCCCAGAAGACAUGCUUUGUGGAAUUCUGGGACAUAGGUGGGUCUGUUAAUCAUGCCAAUAGCAGGCAUAUAUUCUACGCAUCACUCAACGGUAUCAUUCUAGUUCAUGAUCUGACGAAUCGUAAAUCUCAUACCAAUCUUGGUAAAUGGCUGAGUGAAAUUCUACAGAGAGAUCAGAACAUUGGGUCAGAGAGGCAUAGAACAAGUGUGAGUGAGUAUGACCCUGAGCAGUUUGCAGGCCACCAUACACCCAUCCUGGUGGUAGGAGUGAAGAGAGAUCAGCUGGAUUCACAAAGACAAACCAAACUACAAUCUUCUUCAAUAGCAGAGGAAUGUGGGGCUGAUGAAAUCAAUUUAAACUGUACAGAUGCCAAACACUUAGCACCAGGGACCACAAAUGCUGUUAAACUGAGCCGUUUCUUUGAUAAGGUGAUCUCUCGUCGUAGCGGCCAUAGUACUAGGGACGGUCCCAAAAAGUAUUCCUUUGAGGUUAUAGAGAGGAGGUACUUCCCACGUGACACAUCUCAGGUUGGUGAAUAUUUAUACAACUGCUGAUCAUAAUCACAUGCAUAGUGGGCUGUACUACGUCCACGCAAGAGAGGAGACGGAUCAGUACAUCGCAAUACAUGAAGACUCUUCAUACAGACUAGCUGACGAAUCAAGUGCAAUCAUAUUAUUCAGAUGGUAGCGAACACCUGUAAGAGACUUGAUCUGAAAUUGGGUGUGAAAAUUUAAAAAAGACUCACUUUUUGACUGGAGAUGAACACCUUGGUUGAAAAAAGAGGAUCAAAUCUGAAUGUCGGCUUUACGGUGUCAAGAAGAUUAACUCUUCAAAUAGGGAUGGAUCUGGGCCUAGUCUUACAAAGAGCUGCGAUUAAUCAGGUCAAAAACAAUUACACGGUAUGGAAAGCCAGCAACGUCAACUUAAAAAAUUAUGUGUUUGUUCAAAAUAUUUCCAAGAAAUGUAUAU